AUGAUAAUCGAACAUAAAUGCAGUCUGAUUGUGAUGUUGGCAAAGGAAAUAGAAGGAGCAAAGAAAAAAUGUGAAAAAUAUUGGCCGGGUGAAAAUGAAACGAAAAAGUUUGGUUCUGUACUGGUAGAGAACACACAGGAGAUUAAAUAUGGUGCAUUUAUAAGAAGAAAGUUGGCCGUGAAGUUCCUCAAAGAGGAUGGUGAUGCAAUGAUUAAUGUCUACCAGUAUCAGUUCAUGAAAUGGCCUGAUCACGGUGCACCACCAACUACUUCUAAUUUAUUGCGAAUGCAUAGAGCUGUGAUGAAAUGUUAUGAGAAAAUUGGAGCAGAAUCUCCAAUCGUUGUACAUUGCAGUGCCGGUGCAGGAAGAACAGGAACCUUCGUUGGCUUCGAUAUCUUACUUGACGAAAGCAAAACUAAAGAAUCAGUUGACGUGUUCGCUUGUGUUCUGAAUAUGAGAAAACAAAGAAUGGAGAUGGUGCAGAAUUCUAAUCAGUACGUUCUCGUUCAUAAACUCGUCCUGGAAGCCAUCUUGUUUGAAGAAAGAGAUUUAUCUCCUGAUGAAGCAAGAGUAAAAUUGGAAAACAUAAGGACUCCUGAUGGGGAAUCUUCUUUGAGAAAAGAAUUUCAAGAUUUGGAUCGAAUUGGUCCAAUGAAAAACUCACAACUGCGUGGACUGGCAGAAAAAAAUGUAAACAUGAGCAGAUCAAAGAAAGUUAUCCCAUAUGACUAUACAUUGGUGAAAAUAACGUCGCAAACUGAAGAAAUCCCGGAUCCAUAUAUCAACGCCUCGUGGGUAGAGAGUUAUGAUGAGUCAAGUCCAAUGAUCGCAUCUCAAGGUCCAAUUUCGUCAAACAUUCAUUUAUUCUGGAGUGCGGUCUUAGAUAACAAUGUUAAUACAAUCGUUAUGUUGACGGAACUCAAAGAAGGAGACGAGGAACAAUGUGCUCAGUACUGGCCUGUCAAAGAAGAUGAACCAUUAAAGUGGAAGAAUUUAUCUGUCGUGAUUGUCAGUGAGGAUACAAAAGAUUCCAUUACAGAGAGAAAAUUCAAAUUGAACAGUUCAUUUCAACCGAAAACCGUGACUCAGUUUCAUUAUACUGGAUGGAAAUCGACAAGUUGUCCUGAAGAAGGAAGAGGAAUAAUCGAUCUUGUUAAUAAAAUGCAGAAAAAUAUCCGCUCUGUUGGGAAUGGAGCCACUCUGAUACAUUGCAGUGAUGGUAUCGGCAGAACCGGGGUAUUCUGUGCAACAGUGAAUCUGAUAGAUCGAUUGAAAUGUGAGAAUCGAGUUGAUGUUUUCAGAAUUGUGAAAGAUCUCAGAGAUGGAAGACCAAAUAUGGUGGAAAAUUUGGAUCAAUACAAGUUCUGCUAUCAAGCUAUUGUGGAAUAUCUGAAAUCAUUCGAUCUUUAUUCAAACUUUUAAAUUUUAUCACGAC